GCAGUUCCCGAAACGCGAGCAAUGCGAGCAUGUCCGCGAACAUCUCUCGAGCUCGGGCCUCUCUUUAGCACAGAAGUCGGUAGCAGCAGCAUCAGCAGCAGCAGCAGCAGUGGCAAGUAAAAUUAUCGCGAGAGAAGAUGAUAGUGACGGUGGCUUCGGUGCGUCAACAGCUCAGUAAUUUGGCGCAUUCCGGCGGCUCCCACAAAGAUCAAGCCGAGAAAUACCGCUCUACUCUAGAUACGAUAUUAUGUUCUUCCGGCGAGGAGCAAGUCGAUGCCCUGAAGACGUUUAUCGAAGCAAUUGUGAACGAAAAUGUAAGCUUGGUAAUCUCAAGACAAGUAUUGACCGAUGUCAGCAGCCGUUUAUUGUUUUUACCUGAUGAAAUAUCAAAGGCUGUUUCACAUUAUACACUGGACAAGGUUCAACCACGUGUAAUCUCGUUUGAAGAACAAGUAGCUAGCAUAAGGCAACAUUUAGCUGAUAUUUAUGAACGUAAUCAGAACUGGCGAGAAGCUGCAAACGUUUUAGUUGGAAUACCACUGGAAACAGGACAAAAGCAGUAUACAAUUGAUUACAAACUCGAGACUUAUCUCAAAAUUGCUAGAUUAUACUUGGAAGACGAUGAUCCAGUACAAGCUGAAGCAUUCAUCAAUCGUGCGUCACUUUUACAGGCUGAGUCUAAAAAUGAACAGUUACAAAUUUAUUAUAAAGUGUGCUAUGCAAGAGUACUAGAUUAUAGAAGAAAGUUUAUAGAAGCAGCUCAGAGGUACAAUGAAUUAUCAUAUAGGUCCAUCAUUCAUGAAGAUGAACGCAUGACUGCUCUUAGAAAUGCAUUGAUUUGCACAGUAUUGGCUUCUGCAGGACAACAGAGAAGUCGGAUGUUGGCUACAUUGUUCAAAGACGAACGCUGCCAACAACUUCCCGCUUAUUCAAUUCUCGAAAAAAUGUAUUUGGAUCGUAUUAUUCGACGUUCUGAGUUGCAAGAAUUUGAAGCGUUGUUGCAACCCCAUCAGAAAGCAUGUACCAUCGACGGAUUAGGCUCUACUAUACUAGAUCGUGCCGUUAUCGAGCAUAAUUUAUUGUCUGCUAGUAAAUUGUACAACAAUAUCUCGUUUGAAGAAUUAGGCGCAUUGUUGGAUAUUCCUCCUACUAAAGCGGAAAAAAUUGCCAGCCAAAUGAUUACCGAAAGCAGAAUGAAUGGCUAUAUAGAUCAAAUCGAUUCCAUAGUACAUUUUGAAACACGUGAGACUUUACCUACAUGGGACAAACAGAUACAAUCGCUAUGUUAUCAAGUGAAUCAAAUAAUCGAAAAAAUAGCUCAAACGGAGCCAGAAUGGAUCGCAAAAGCAAUGGAUGAUCAGAUGGUGCAUUAAUAUAGAUUUUGUUUAAUGGAGAAAUGUCAAAUAUGGAAUACGGGAAUCAUUUACAAUAUGUACACGACACAGUCAGCCAAAAUAGUGAAUAUUUAUAUAGCUCAUCGUUGAGACACAAAUAUCAUCCAAAUUCCAUGCACGCUCACUUGAUUAUUUUUCCACAAAAUUUUCCGGGAAUAUAUACGCAUUGUUUUUAGAAUUUACAGUAAUAUUGCGUACCUAAACUGUGUUAAAUUGGCAUUACAUCCUUUUAAUGUUUUGCAAUACCAAUUUCACCAUUUCGCAAUGCUCAUUAAAAAAUGUAACAAAAAAAUUAAUCAUAAUUUUACCAUACAAAUGAAUUCAAAUUUACUAAAAAAAAUGUUUAACUGUUUAUUUGCAGUUGAUUUAAAUAAGAUCAUUGUAGAUGAGAAAAACAAUGUAAGUUCUUCUUGUAAAUAAAUCACAUUCGUACUUCG